CCUUUCUCCUGGGGAGGAGGCGAGGAACUCCCUCCUCGCGCCCCUUUCCCGCGGAAGUUUGGCGGCGUGGGGCCGCCGUAGACGGGUGAGCCGCUGAUUCCUGUCCGGGUGGAUGCAAUUGCCAUUGUGUGUGCGGGCGGCUCGAGCUGGUUCCGCGUGUCCCCGCGCCCCCCGCCCGGGCAGCCAUGAGUGAGAAGGGGGAGCUGGACCUGACCGGGGCCAAGCAGAACACGGGCAUGUGGCUGGUGAAGGUCCCCAAGUACUUGUCACAACAAUGGACUAAAGCUUCAGGAAGGGGUGAAGUAGGGAAGCUGAGGAUUGCCAAAAAUCAAGGAAGAACAGAAGUAUCAUUUACUUUGAAUGAAGAUCUUGCAAGUAUCAAUGAUAUUGGAGGAAAACCUGCUUCAGUCAGUGCACCCAGAGAACAUCCAUUUCUUUUGCAAAGUGUGGGAGGACAGACGUUAACAGUGUUUACAGAAAGCUCAGGAGAAAGCCAGCCAGAAGAAAAAUCGGAGAACAGCAGUGCUGAUAAACUUUCAUUGGAAGGAAUAGUGGUUCAACGUGCUGAAUGCAGACCUGCAGCUAGUGAAAAUUAUAUGAAACUGAAAAGGCUACAGAUAGAAGAAUCUUCUAAACCUGUAAGACUAUCACAGCAAUUGGACAAAGCUGUAACAACCAAUUAUAAACCUGUGGCUAAUCAUCAGUAUAAUAUUGAGUAUGAAAAAAAGAAAAAAGAAGAUGGAAAACGAGCUCGGGCUGAUAAGCAGCAAGUGUUGGACAUGCUUUUUUCUGCCUUUGAAAAACACCAGUAUUACAACAUUAAGGACUUGGUGGACAUAACCAAACAGCCUGUGAUAUAUUUGAAAGAAAUUUUAAGAGAAAUAGGCAUCUACAAUGUUAAGGGAACCCACAAAAACACAUGGGAGCUGAAGCCAGAAUACAGACAUUAUCAAGGAGAAGAGAAGAGUGAUUAAUGCAACUGUUAAUGAAGCAAACACAGAGGCUAUAGAAUAAUGGGACAGCGCUGAGGGAACACUGCAGUUAAACAGACUGGACUGAGCACAAUUCAGUACCAAAAGAUCUUAAAAAGAGUAAUACUUUGUAAUUUGCCUGGCUUCAUUUUUAAAAACAAAUUUCUUGGAUGUUUCUAUACAUUUGUCUUGUUUUUGACAAAAAAAUUUACAGAAUAAACUUGUAUUAGAUUUAUCUUUAUUAGAAA